GAUCGCCACUCCGCAAAGAGAUGCCAACCCGCAAUUGUAACGCAAAAGAAGACUGCCGCUGGCUGGACUAGAAAUAUUCUACUGUUCCAUUCUCUCACAUUUUUCAUCAGUUCGUCGACAUACGAAGUUAAAGAAAAAUGAAGAAUCCCAGCAGCAUCGCAGAGUUUUACCAAGACAAAAGUAUUUUUAUCACGGGAUCCACUGGAUUUAUGGGAAAAGUGUUAGUGGAAAAACUGCUACGAUCCUGUCCUGGAAUAGAUCGCGUUUAUCUACUGUUGAGACCCUCAAAGGGGAAGGAUAUCGCUUGCCGUCUUGAAGAACUCAUCAACAACGAAGUGUUUCAGUCUCUGCAACAAGAUCAGCCCGAUGUCUUUAAAAAGUUAGUUCCCGUGUCCGGCGAUAUUUCGUUGACUGCGCUUGGCCUAUCACCUGCUGAUCAGGAGAUUUUAAAUUCAUCGGUUUCCAUCGUCUUUCACACGGCUGCGCGUAUCAACUUCGACGACAACCUUCGUCAAGCGAUCGAUGCAAACAUCAAAGGUCCGCAGAAAGUGAUUACAUUUUGCAGCCAACUGAAAAAAUUACAGGCUUUUGUUCAUGUGUCAACCGUGUUUAAUAACUUGGACAAGGGGGAAAUAGACGAGGUGGUCUAUCCAGCGUCUAUGGAUCCUCAGAAGUUAAUGGAAUUUGUUGACUGCAUGGACAACGAACUUCUGGCCAGCAUAACUAAACAGCUAGUUGGAAAGUGUCCAAACGUUUACGCUUUCACGAAGGCUUUGGGCGAACAGGUGCUUCAAAAAUUCUGCAGUGAAAACAAAAUUCCUUUGGCUAUUGUUAGACCAUCGAUUGUCACUUGCUCGCUUCAGGAACCCAUUCCUGGAUGGAUUGACAAUCUGAACGGACCUAGUGGUUUCGUUGUCGGUGUGGGGAAGGGAUUAUUACGAACCGCGAUUACUAACUGUCAAUUAGUAGGUGAUAUGAUACCUGUUGACAUAUCAAUAAAUUUAAUGAUUGCUGCCGCUUGGAAGAGUGCCAUUGGCGGAAUGCAACAGGGCAGUGAAGCGAAAGUAUACAACUGCGUAACAGGAUCUCACAAUCCUGUAACUUGGGGUAAAUUCAAUCAGUAUGGUAUGGCUGCUUGGAAACGAUUUCCUACCAAAGACAUGGCCUGGUACCCCAGCAUUAAUUACCAUACUCACGAAAUCCCAUUCAAAAUUGAAAAGGCACUGUUCCACUAUUUCCCGGCUUACUUUUUCGACUUUGUCGCUCGAAUUAUUGGAAAGAAACCGAUUAUGGUAUCCUUAUACAAUAAAAUCCACCGAGCGUCAUCGUGCCUGAAUUUUUAUGUAGUUCGCGAAUGGAAAUUUGUGAGCAAUAAUCCCAUCCAACUCCUAGAAGAAAUGUCUGUUGAAGAUCGUCGUGUGUUCAAUUUCGACGUCCGAGAGAUCAACUGGGAAAGUUACGUCACCAACUAUAUUCUCGGCUGCCGGAGAUUCCUGCUUAAGGACAAUAUACAAACAUUGCAAAUUGCCAGACGGAAUUUGAACAGGUUGUAUUUGUUGAGGACGCUGUUGCGUUCGAUUUUAGUGAUUGUUUUGGCGUUUAUUUUUUAUAAAAUAUUUUUCUAAAAUUUAUCGAAUGUUCUGAAAAAAAAACCAAUCGAAGUAUCAUGCAUCAUGGCCGAAUUGCUCUUCAUAUUCUUAUUAUAUCAGCACGAAGAAAUCGCCAUUUCACCAGCACUGUUAGGUGGGGAAAGUUUGGUUCAUCCUUAUUUUUAUGACCUAAUAAUACAUGGAAACUUUAAAAAAGAUUUAACAUGUCAAUGCUUGAUCAUUUUUUCGAAUAAAUUUUGUCAAAUUCUA